UGCAGAAUCUGCACGACAUACCAUACAACGUCAACCGUUGAUUUACCCGACUGCUCUUUUAUUUUUCUUUGAAACCCUUGUUUCUCUCCCGAGGCUCGUUGUAUACAGUGGAGAAGGAGACAAAUUCCAUUUUUCUCGUUAUACCCAACCAAGCAUUUGCGGGCGAUGCCAACCGUUGGAUCCUAUCCUUGCGUGAAGCCAGAUAGGGUUUUCUUCGCCACAAUCCCGAAUCCCAAAACCCUAAUAUCAGCUUCUCCUGCAAGAAAGAUCGUUUGCUGCGAGACAAUCCAGCUUCGCAAACACGACCUUAAAGGCCAAACAGUUGCGGUUGUAGGCCUAGGUAUUUCUGGAAGAGCUGCGGUAAGGCUUGCUCUUGCCAGAGGUGCAUCUGUUGUUGCCAUUGAUAGGAAUGAACAGUUGGUCCCAUUGGAGCAAGAUCCUCAAUUUAUGAAGCACGUCAAUUUGAGAACAGUGCUUGGACAUUGUGAUGGAAAGCUCCUCAGGGAUGCAGACAGAGUGGUGGUUUCCCCUGGAGUUCCUCUUGAGAAAUAUGGUCUUUCUGCAUUAUUGCAAGCUGGAAGACAGGUGAUGUCUGAGUUGGACUUUGCAGCAGAAGUUUUACCCAAUAGCAUCAAGAUUCUAGCAGUGACUGGAACCAAUGGAAAAUCUACUGUGACUACUUUUGCCGGACAGAUGCUUCAUCAUUUAGGCAUCAAGGCAUUCGUUGGAGGGAACCUUGGAAAUCCUCUUUCAGAGGCCACUCUUCAGUGCUUGGAAUCGUCUUUGGCAAAAGACAUAUUUCAGGUCGCUGUGGUGGAAGUUAGCAGCUACCAAAUGGAAAUUCCAAACAAGUGCUUUUGUCCAUCGGUUGCUGUGGUUUUAAACCUCACUCCCGAUCAUCUAGAGCGGCACAAGACCAUGCACAAUUAUGCCCUAAUGAAGUGCCAUCUCUUUUCUCACAUGAAGGACAGCAAGCUUGCAGUUCUUCCAGCUGGAAAUCAACAUUUAAGGGAAGCUUUUGAUGAUUACAUGGAUAAAUGUAAUGUUGCUUGGAUAGGAGACUUUCCAGGUGUCAAGAUGGAUAUGGAAGUAAAGGUGGCCAACCUACGCAUUCCCACCAUUGGAUCAAUCACAAGGCUGCAGUUGGGAGCUCUGAAGACAAUAGGCACCCACAACUAUCACAAUGCUGCAGUGGCUGCAUUUUCGGUUCUUGGAUUGGAUGUCGGAAUUGAUACUGAUUCCAUUAAUGCGACAAUAGAAGUAUUGAGGACUCCGCCUCAUCGGAUGGAAAUCGUACACACAGAUGCCCAUGGGGUAAUGUGGGUGGAUGACAGCAAGGCAACUAAUGUGGAGGCAGCAUUUGCUGGACUGAUGGGUCAUAAAGGAAAAAAGUCUGUGGUUCUUCUUGGUGGUGUUGCAAAGGAUCUGAACAUGCAAGAUUCCAGUGGUUUUGAAAAGCUGGUAGAACCAUUGAAGUACCAUAGAUGUGUUGUUACUUUUGGAUCUUCAGGAAAAAUGAUUCAGAAGACAUUGUGUGAUUGUGGUCUUAGCAUUCCUUGUGUUAGAGCUACUAAUCUGGAGGAUGCUGUGAACAUCGCAAGGAGUAUGGCCAGAUAUGGGGAUGCAAUCUUAUUGAGUCCUGGGUGUGCAAGCUUUGACGAAUUCAGAAAUUUUGAGCAUAGAGGCAAGGUCUUCCAGGAACUAGCACUUUCAGCUAAAGCUUCAGCAGCUUCAACUAACAUGGAAAUCUUUUCAAGGUAAAGGGGAAGGGAAGUCCUGUCAAAUUAUUGAGGGAGGGAUGGAGGGAAUUAUCCACCAUUGGUGUAAUUAAUUUCUAACUUAGUUAUGAGUAAUGGUUGGGAAUGUGGAAAAACCGAAAACGAAAAUGCUUUCCAUUGAGAACUUU